AUGCUAAAAAUCAUUUUUCCUUCAAUCAUACUACUUCCGCUCACCUGACUAUCAAACAACAAAAGCCUGUGAGCCAAUGUCACUUCAUACAGCUUUUUAAUCAGCUUGGCCUCAGCCAUAUUUUUAUGACAAAACGAUAUAAACAAUUUAAACUUCUCAUUACUAUUCUCAACUGACUCACUAUCCUCCCCCCUUAUUAUUCUAACAACAUGAUUACUACCACUAAUACUACUAGCUAGUCAGAACCACAUAAAAAAAGAAACCGAACUAAACAAAAAAAUCUACAUCUCAAUACUAACUCUCCUACAAAUCCUCCUAAUCAUAACUUUUUCUGCAAACGAGCUAAUUAUAUUUUAUAUCUUAUUUGAAGCUACAUUAAUCCCUACCCUUAUUAUUAUUACCCGCUGAGGUAAUCAAACAGAACGACUUAAUGCAGGACUCUACUUUCUAUUCUACACCCUAAUUGGAUCAAUCCCACUACUAAUUGCUCUUAUCUUCAUCCAAAACUCAAAAGGAACACUAAACUUCCUUCUAUUCCCACUAACUUUCACACCCCUAAAUCAAACAUGAUCUAACAACAUUCUAUGAUUAGCGUGCAUAAUGGCAUUCAUAAUUAAAAUACCACUAUACGGGGUCCACCUAUGACUCCCCAAAGCACAUGUAGAAGCCCCUAUUGCAGGAUCUAUGAUUCUAGCAGCUAUUUUAUUAAAGCUAGGGGGCUAUGGAAUGAUACGAAUCGCUAUAAUUCUUGACCCGGUAACCGAAACCAUAGCCUACCCAUUCAUCCUCCUAUCACUAUGAGGAAUAAUCAUAACUAGCUCUAUCUGUUUACGACAGACAGACUUAAAAUCUUUAAUCGCCUACUCUUCAGUAAGUCACAUAGCAUUAGUUAUCGCAGCUAUUAUAAUCCAAACACCAUGAAGCUUUAUGGGGGCAACAGCACUAAUAAUCGCCCAUGGCCUAACAUCAUCACUACUAUUCUGUUUAGCAAAUACAAACUACGAACGAAUUCACAGUCGAACCAUAAUCAUAACCCGAGGGCUCCAAACUAUAUUUCCACUCAUAACCACCCUAUGAGUUUUAGCUAGCCUAGCAAACCUAGCCCUACCACCCUCAAUUAAUCUCAUCGGAGAACUAUUAAUCACUAUUUCAUUAUUCUCCUGAUCCAACCCAACAAUCUUACUUCUAGGUUGCAAUAUCCUAAUCACCUCACUAUAUUCCAUAUAUAUAAUCAUCACUACCCAACGAGGAAAACUCACAAACCACAUAAUUAACUUACAACCAUCACACACACGAGAAUUAGCCCUAAUGGUGCUACACAUUAUUCCUCUAAUUCUCCUAACAAUCAACCCUAAACUAAUCAUAGGACCAACAAUAU